GUCAUCUAAGAUUUUAUGUUAUUUGCAGAAUGGAAAAUUUACUUCCUGCGCGAGUUUGAUAACAAUUAAAUAUUAAAACUUAAAUGAUUGUUCCACAUAUCACGAGCGCCCACAUUGCGUAAAUCUAUCGCGUUGUUCAAGUUUUACAAUGACAACUUUGCAGAUAUCGUAAUUCGUGAUCAGUGUCUUUGGACUUGCGAAAACAGCGGUGUAAUCUUGUUAGUUGCAAGUAAUAAUCGUUCUAAAACAUGGAACAACGCAGAGUUGUGUUGUUAGUGCUGUUCCUGGUCGGUUGUUUGCAUAAGGCAGUUCCAGCCAAUUCAUUGAGAUCGGAAUGCCCGAGGAUCUUCCCCAAUGUUUUCAAGAGAUAUACACCUCGCGGUAAUCUAAGUGCAGGCUUUUAUGAGAAAAUAAACGACAUCGACACAUUGAUACCGUGUGUAUUGUCUUGUUGCCACAAACCCACUUGCAAUGUAGCAUUUAUGACUGGCGACACAUGCUUUCAUAUCGCUUGCAAGAGUAACGAAUUUUGUAUACCAACACCAAAUUCGCACUCUUCAAAAGCUGAUGAUGUUCUAAUGGUGCUUGUAAAUCCUACUGAUGAUGAAACAUGGGAAGAAGUAUUAGCAGCUGAAGAGUUUUCAGCCUCUGAUUUGGAUCGGGAAUUGUUCAAUGUGUUAAUUCAAAGGCGCUACCAAAAUGGAGUCAAAGCCCUGGCAAAUGAACUGAUAUUUGAAGGCGACGCGUAUGCUGUAAGCUGUGAAUUAAGCGCUGAAAAUGCUUGCCAAUUACCCAAUGAAAUUUGCGUCAAAAAGGAAGAACAUAAUGAUGUGUCGAAAGACAUUGGUGUUUGUACAUGCAAGGACGGCUUUUCUCGGGAAAUUGAUGGAGUGUGUUCUCCUGUAUCGAAUAAUUACGCCUACAUGGCAGACCAUAAGGAGCAGGAAUUACCUAAAGAAUCACCAGCCGUCACCAAGCAGCACUUAACUGUUCUAGCCGAAUCAAAACAGGUAAAGCUUCCUGAAAACGAGGUAACUUUGGUAGCAAAAACGGUACCGGAAGAAGAUCGUGAAAACAAAUACCAAUAUGAGUGGACCUCACUGCUUCAACCUGAAGGCAGCACGGCUGUUAAACAUCAAAAUGAUAAUGAAUUGCACUUGGAAAAGUUGUCAGAGGGUACUUAUGCCUUCAGGGUAAGUGCUUCUACGGCUUCAGCAUAUGGCGAUACGUUUGUAAACGUGUCAGUACUACCAGAGGCUCGAAUUAACACGCCUCCUAAUAUUAUCAUAACACCAGCCAAUCAAACUAUCAAACAGCCAAAUACUGCAGCAGUAUUGGACGCGUCGUCUUCAACGGACGAUGAUGGAAUUAUUUCUUGGCAUUGGGAGUUACAACAAGGCCCUUUGGGUUAUCAGCCUGAAUUGAAAGAUAGUUCCACACUGCAAUUAAAUGAUUUAACGAAACCUGGAAAUUAUUCAUUUAAAUUGACGGUGACUGAUACAGAUAAAGCCACUAGCUCCAGCAUAGCUAAUAUUACUGUUCUGGCUGUAACUGAUUAUCCUCCAGAAGCCAAUGCAGGGGAACACAAAGUUAUUUAUUUACCGCACAACAACAUAACACUAAAUGGUAGUCUUAGCACUGACGACCACGCUAUAACCACUUGGGAAUGGACAAAAUCGGCUGACGAUGCCCAAAAAACUGUCGAUAUGCAGAAUACCAGGACACCAUACUUACAAUUGUCUAAUUUGCAAGAAGGAGUUUAUACUUUCACUCUUAAAGUAAUGGAUAGUGCAAACCAAUCUAGUACAGCUCAAGUGCAUGUUUUUGUUAAACCACCUACAAAUAAACCACCGUUUGCAGACGCCGGGGCAAAUACUACCAUCAGCUUGCCACAAACAUGGGCUGUAGUAGACGGUUCAAAUAGUACAGACGAUAAUCACAUUACAUUGUUCAAAUGGGAGCAAAUCGAAGGUCCGUCUACCGUGAUUUUUGAAAAUGCCAGCCUCAGUAAGACUAACGUAACUGGAUUAACCAAAGGAGUUUACACUCUAAAAUUGAGUGUUACUGAUGAUAAUAACAACGUUGCAAAUGACUUGACUUAUAUUAUUGUGAAUCAAAACAAAAAUCAAAAACCUACUGCCAAUGCAGGUCCCGAUCUCGUAUUGGAACUGCCUGUAAAUGGAAUAGUGUUAAAUGGCUCAAAUUCGAAAGAUGACUGGGAAAUUGUUAAGUGGCAAUGGACAAGAGACGAAAAGUCUUUAGCAAUUGGAAAUAUUGUCGAACAUAGCGAUGAAUCCCCAGUUCUCAUUUUAACUGAUGUCUCAGUUGGAACAUACAUUUUCAAUCUGACUGUAUAUGAUAAACAAGGAUUGUCUGACACUGCCACAGUUAGUGUUGUGGUGAAAAACGAUCCCAAGUUGUUCUAUUUGGUAGAUUUAUAUAUUGAUGUGGAUGCUAAACUGUUGACCGAAGCUCAAUACAAUACCUUAAAAGCGAAAUUAGCUUUAUUAUUGAUUGAAGGUUCAAAACUCCAAGUCAGGAAAGUCAAGCCUGAAGCAGGAACGGGCAACGUAAUGCUUACGUUCUACCUAGAAGCGGGAGAUGGUUCGCCGAUUGCUGCUAAUACAGUAGUUCAACACUUAAGUACGAAGUUUCGAGUGGAUGCAAGUCUUUUAGGAUUUUCUGUUUCAACAUUACAAACCUCUAUUUGCCAAAAUAACUGUUCGGGUCAUGGAGUAUGCAACGAAGUUACUCGUAAAUGUGAAUGCGAAGUUUUUUGGAUGCACGACUUGACCAAAAUAUUCCUGGAGAUGGGGGAAGACUCAGACUGCAGUUGGAGCGUUCUCUAUGUUGUUCUCGGUCUGUUCUGUAUAAUGCUCACGUUCAGUGCAUGCAUCUGGUUCGGGGUCUACUUCAUCUGUUUUAGAUGGUGCCCCAGUAGAUAUGACACAUCACAACCGACCAAUUACAAAUUGAUCGAAGAUAGAGAGGAUUUACCGCCAUUUUCUGGGAGGAAAGGAAAUAUAUCCGAUAGCGAUACGGACUCCGACGUAGUUUUUGAAUCUCGUACAAAGCCGCCCCGAUUUUCAGACACCAGAAACGGUCAUAAAGCAUCGCGAAACGGAUUUAGCAAACCAGGCAGAAGGAUUAAAACGUAAGAAAAUGUAAUACAUUUGCACAACUUAUUGUGAUACCAAACUAAGAAAUAAAAAAAUUAUUUAUAUAUUUAAUCAAUUGUGCAAUUUGAAACACUAUUAUUGGUCCGUGUAUGCUUUCGGUGAUUUAAUAUUUAAUACAAACAUUCCGGCUACAAAAAAUAUAUAGUGGAAAAUAAAAUGAAUGAUGUUGAUGUGCCACCAUGAAUAUUUUAGGAAAGCUUCUUAUAUGUACAUAUAAUGUGCUUAGCUUUGUUUACCAAUUGUUCUAGUCAAGGCGUGUGCACUGUUAGCAGAUAUGACGUAUUUUAAGAUAGAAUGUUUGCAGUUAAUUGAAAUCAUGUAUGUCAUUAUUACACACUUUUUUGUGACUCACUAAUAGACACUCAAACACGUGUGCUUCAAUUUUUUUAAAUGGUUCAACAGAUUAUAGUAAGCGUCCUACACUUUCAAGGGGAAACCCAAAUCAUUUAAUGUGGUAAAACAGAUUUUUUUGGUUAAUUUUGAAAUCUCGAAUGAAUCGUUGUUUGCAAUCUGAACCAGUUAAAUGAAAAAUUAAACAUUUCAGUGUCUUGGGAUUUUUUAUGUAAAAAACUGCAUUGGUUGUAUCUGCGCUUGACAGCAACAUUUUAACGACCAAGUUUGGACAUUUUUGCUAUUGAUUUGUGAUUCUACCAUUAACGAUUCAGUAUUUAUCCUCUGUUCCUUUUGCUGUACUUUUUAUCGUCUAUAUUUUAUAUGUAUAUUGCGCAUUUAGAAUUUUUGGAUGGAUACUUGUACUUAAGUUGUUAAUUAUGUAGUUUUUGUCUAAUAAAUAAAGAACUCCCAUUGUG